AUGCGAUUGUACGUAUCUUCAUUGCUGGUAGCUGGUCUAAUGUUCGGUCUCGGUGCCGCGACAUCGGCCAGAAUGCCCUUAGACACAAGACAGGAGGCAGCGUUCAACAAUCCGGUCCUAUUCCAGGAUCUUCCAGACAUAGACGUUUUCCGCGUUGGCUCUGUCUACUACUAUUCGACAUCUACCUUCGCCUUCUCUCCUGGGGCCCCUGUCCUGAAAUCUUACGACUUGGUUAAUUGGACACCCGUUACGCACAGCGUUGUCGAUGUUGCGGAUUUUGGAGAAGAAUAUAGACUCAAUGGCGACAAUGACCGCGCCUAUGUCAAAGGUAUUUGGGCGAGCUCAAUGAGGUAUCGCGAGUCUAACGACAAGUUCUACUGGAUGGGCUGCAUUCAGUCCACUGGCAAGACCUUCCUCUAUACGGCUCCAGGUAAUGGUGCCGCCGACAACGACGGUGAGAAUGACAAUUGGGAGUGGACUCUUGAAGGUACCAUUGACCAGUGCUUCUACGAUAAUGGAAUCUUCUUCGAUGAUGAUGAUACCAUGUACGUAACAUGGGGCAAUCGACAGCUCCGCGUUACUCAACUUUCCGACGAUGGCUUGAGCGUCGUGCGUACCGAGACGAUUUAUGAUAGUGGCGAUGAUUUGUAUCUCGAAGGCGCCCAUUUCUACAAAACCCGAGGCUAUUACUGGGUAUGUCCUACGAAAGUUGCCAGCGGCCAAUACAUCCUCCGCUCAACUGAGCCGUUCGGCACAUACGAGGUCCGGGAGUUCUGGGAUAACCUUUCUGGGCCACUCUCCAACGCCGGCUAUGCUCACCAAGGCGGCAUGGUGGACACUCCUGAAGGCGACUGGCAUUACCUCGCCUUCAUGGAUGCAUAUCCCGCCGGCCGCAUUCCUGUUCUUGCCCCCAUCACAUGGUCUGACGAUGACUGGCCAUCAAUUGUACUCGAUGGCAAUGGCGGCUGGGGUGUGACCUAUCCAAUGCCCGUCAAGACAAACAAGACUGUUCCCGGUGUCGAACGUCUUGAUGACUUUUCCGCCUCAACCUUGCAUCCAGAGUGGGAGUGGAAUCACAGCCCUGACUCGGAGUACUUCGAACUCAGAACAGACGGCUUGAUUCUUAAGACUGCCUCUGUCGUUGGGGAUCUCCUUAAUGCACGAAACACUCUUACUCAUCGCAUCACAGGCCCGCGAUCUGUAGCGACCUGGCACCUCAAUAUCACCGGUCUCACCCAAGGUGAUCGCGCCGGUGCAGCCAUAUUCCGCGACGAAUCCGCAUAUAUAGGCGUGCACAAGGAUACAAAUGGCACCCAGAUCGUCUUUGUGAACGAGAUCAAUAUGAACCUGCAGUGGCAGACUGUCAGCAGAGGCACGGUCGCAGCAACAGGACCCUCCAUAGACGCGCACGAGAUCUGGCUUCGUGUAGAUGCUGAUGUGACCCCUGCUUUCGGUCUGUCUCCUGUGAGGGAAGCACAUUUCUACUAUAGCCUUGACGGAGAGAACUGGAAGCAGCUCGGCACAUUUGUACUCCACAACAGGUGGCAGUGGUUCACGGGCUUCCGUUUCGCAGUGUUCAACUUUGCGACUGCUGAGUUGGGUGGUCAAAUAACUGUUAAAAGUUUUAAAAAUGCAUUAACUUAA